ACACUGGGGUAGCUGGUAGCUCUUCAGCUUCUGGCAGAAUUCCCACAUGAGUUUUACAGUUAGAUAAGCAUGUGGCUGCUAAUGGUCGUCUUAAGAUAAGAAAGAUCAUGUUUUGCUUAGCCAGAAAUACUUGCCUAUGUUUUGAAUGCUUGCAAGAGAUGCUAAAAAGAAAGCUAAAACUUUUCCAAUACCGUAGAAAUGUCUUUAAUUUAUUUAGGACUCGCUGUUGGUUGUUAAGCAAAAGAGAUCUUCAGUCUAUUAUGAAGGACAUGAAAGACAAAGCCCACAAUGGCAGAGAUUUUUGUGAAAGAUUUGGUUGAACACUUCAUGACUCUUAAAUGCUGAAAGCAGAAGGCCCUAGUUGGUGCAGCUCAAUUUGGAGCAAAAAAUUAUUUUAAACUUCAAAAAUAAUUAUGUCAAAGAAAGGUCGUGCCAAGGGAGAUAAGCCUGACAUGGAUAUUGAAGCUCUGCAAGCUGCUAAUGAGGAGCUACGAACUAAACUAACCAACAUUCAGAUAGAAUUUCAGCAAGAAAAAAGCAAGGUGGGUAAAUUGAGAGAGAAAAUCCAAGAGGUUAAGCAAGAAAGGGAGCAGGAACAGCACAAGCAUACGGCCUACGUUUCUGAACUGAAAGCUAAGCUCCAUGAGGAGAAAAUGAAGGAGCUUCAGAGUGUCAGAGAGCUGCUGAUCCGACAGCACGAGCAGGAAGUAGCGAGAAUGGUGAAAAUUAAAGACAGUGAAAUUCAGCGUUUGCAGUCAACAGUGAAUGUGCUGCGGGACGGGGCAGCCGACAAGGUGAAGACUGCGCUGCUGAGUGAGGCGAAGGAGGAGGCCCGCAAAGCGUUUGACAGCGAACGAAUGAAGUUGCAACAGGAGAUCUUGGAGCUAAAAUCUGGUAAAAAGCAGCUUGAAGAAGCUUUGAACAACAUCAUGCAGGCGGAUAAAAUGAAGGCUGCUGACCUGCGCAUGGCUUACCAAUCCCACCAGGAUGAGAUUAAUAGAAUAAAGCGUGAAUGUGAGAGGGAUAUCCGUAGGCUGAUGGAUGAGAUCAAAGGCAAAGAUAGAGUGAUUCUGGCUCUGGAGAAAGACCUUGGCAUUCAGGCAGGACAUACACAGAAACUCCUCCUUCAGAAAGAAGCUUUGGAUGAGCAGCUUGUCCAAGUGAAGGAGGCAGAGCGGUACCACAGCAGCCCCAAGAGAGAACUUCCUGCAGGAGUGGGGGACAUCACCGAGUUGAUGGGAAGCCCGGAGCAGCAUUUGGAUGAACGAGAUGUGAGGAGAUUUCAGUUGAAAAUCGCUGAACUGAAUGCUAUGAUAAGGAAGCUGGAAGACAGAAAUACUCUCUUAGCAGAUGAAAGAAAUGAACUGCUGAAACGUUCUCGGGAGACAGAAAGUCAGCUAAAGCCUUUGGUCGAAAAAAAUAAGAGGAUGAGCAAAAAAAAUGAUGAUAUGAUGCAGUGCAUCCAGAGAAUGGAAGAAAAAAUAAAAAAUCUAUCAAGGGAAAAUGUAGAAUUGAAAGAGAAAUUAUCUGCACAACCAGUGCUGAAGAGGCACACAUCUUUAAACGAUCUUAGCAGCACACGGGAUGAACAAGAAAUUGAAUUUCUUCGACUGCAAGUCAAAGAAAAGCAGCAUGUUAUUGAUGAUCUCACAGUGGAAAGGGAACGGCUAUUGCGAUCGAAAAAACAGAAGAAGAAAAUUCUGAAACCUCAAAAGAGGCAUGUUGUGGAGACAUUUUUUGGAUUUGAUGAAGAAUCCUUAGACUCAGAAACAUCAUCUGUAACUUCAUAUAACACAGAUAAAACAGACAGGACACCAGCCACACCAGAGGAAGAUUUGGAAGAUAGCACACCUAAAGAAGAAGCUGAACUAAGAUUCUGCCAGCUAACAAGAGAAUAUCAAGCUUUGCAAAGAGCAUAUGCAUUGCUUCAAGAACAAGUUGGUGGAACCCUGGAUGCAGAGAGAGAAGCAAGGACUCGUGAACAACUGCAAGCUGAUCUUCUCCGAUGUCAGGCAAAAAUUGAGGACCUGGAGAAAGCACUAAUUGAGAAAGGCCAGGAUUCAAAAUGGGUUGAAGAGAAGCAGUUGCUAAUCAGAACAAAUCAGGAGUUACUAGAGAAGAUUUACAGAAUGGAACAAGAAGAGCAGCAGCUGAAGAACGAGAUGCAAGAUGCAAAAGACCAGAAUGAGCUGUUAGAAUUCAGAGUGCUAGAGCUUGAAGAGAGAGAACGAAGGUCGCCAGCGUUUAAUCUUCACUUAACCACCUUCCCUGAAAACAAUGGAAGCGCGCUGCAACUGUUCUGUCAGCAUGAAGGAAUAAAGGAUGUGAAUAUAUCAGAACUCAUGAAGAAACUAGAUAUUCUUGGAGAUAAUGGGAAUUUGAGAAAUGAAGAACAGGUUGCAAUAAUCCAAGCUGGGACUGUACUUUCUCUCUGUGAAAAGUGGUUAAAACAGAUAGAGGGAACAGAAGCUGCGCUGACACAGAAGAUGUUAGACCUGGAGAAUGAGAAGGACCUGUUCAGUAAACAGAAGGGUUAUUUAGAGGAAGAACUCGACUACAGAAAACAAGCGCUGGACCAGGCAUACAUGAAAAUCCAGGAGCUGGAAGCCACGCUGUAUAAUGCCCUGCAGCAGGACACGGGAAGGCGGGCGAGCGAAUCGCUGACUGAAGCCCAGAGGGAGGAUUUGCGGGCUGCUGUGGAGAAGGUGCGGCGGCAGAUCCUGAGGCAGAGCCGUGAGUUUGACAGCCAGAUCUUGCACGAGCGAAUGGAGCUUCUUCAGCAGGCCCAGCAGAGGAUUCGAGAACUAGAAGAUAAAAUAGAACUUCAAAAAAGGCAACUCAAAGAAAUUGAGGAAAAGCAUUCAUUCUGUGGCCUUGAUGACACAACUGAGUCAAGACAUGUGGUUAUUAAAAGAACCUAUGGAGUGAACAGCUGAGUCCACAUGCAAAAA